GGGGGGUGCGGAUAGAGGCCGGGAGCCGGCCAUGUCCGAUUACGCGAUCUCGGUGGAGGAGCUCAACGACCUCCUGGCUAACGGCAGCGGCUGCUACAGCCUGCCCAGCGCGCACAGCAACGAGGUGGUGCCGCGCAUCCACGUGGGGAACGCGUUCAUAGCCAAGAACAUUACGAAGCUGCAGCGCCUGGGGAUAACCCAUGUUCUGAAUGCAGCAGAGGGGAAGUCGUUCAUGCAUGUGAACACUAAUGCAGAAUUCUAUGAAGGCACAGGCAUCAGAUACCAUGGCAUUAAAGCUAACGAUACACAAGAAUUUAACCUCAGUCGCUAUUUUGAGGAGGCAGCUGAUUUUAUUGAGAAAGCACUUUCCCAGAAGGAUGGACAAGUGUUUGUGCAUUGCCGUGAGGGCUACAGCCGUUCUCCUACCCUGGUCAUCGCCUACCUCAUGCUUCGCCAGAACAUGGAUGUCAAGUCUGCUUUGAUCACUGUCCGGCAGAAGCGAGAGAUUGGCCCUAAUGAUGGCUUUCUAAGACAGCUUUGCCAGCUAAAUGAGCAAUUAGUGAAGGAGGGCAAACUGAAGCCCUAAAACAGAGCACUCUAGUAUUUUUGGAAGUUUCUCAAAUCACCAGAGGAUGUGUUAAGUGCUUUAGAUUCCCUACCCCCAAGCUAAGCCACAGAAUGUGAGGGAGACAGAAAGCCUGCUCUUACCUAGUGAAAGUACAUUUCUCAAACUGUAGGUCUGUCUUUCAAGAUGGCACCAACUGGUGUCACUUCCUGGAGCUGUUGCAAUAAAGAGGUGUAUGUAGAGGGGCAGCUCCAGUGAUAACAGCUGUUUUCACGAGUAUUUCAGAGCCCCCUUGCAGACUGUGUAACACAUGCUUUGCAUUGACAUUGCAUCGUCUCAUUAAGCUUUGUGUUUUCUCCCACCAGAGCACCAUUUUCUGAGAGCCCCAACACAUCCCUCACUCUUCAUUGAAGUACUGUGUUUUCUAAAGCUUCUUCAUGCACACAGGUGCCUAAAGUUUGAGUGUAGGAGCUUCAGGAAUGGAGAAGCAUAUAUGCAAAUGCACAGGUGCACUCUCUUGUGGAAUGAAGUAUGCAGUGUUGUGUUUAGUGUGGAUAUAUGCAAUACACAGUGUGUGGUAGUAAAGCCAUUUAGCGCCUGAUCUUGAUGCACACUGUAUUUCCAAGACUAUUUGUACCUCUUGCUGUUGUGAUUGACAUGAAAGUCUGAUAAAUGCUUUUCUUAUCUUUGUUUUAAACUCAUACUAGAAAAAAAUGCUGAGUAAAUGUUGAGGAGCAGACUGCAGCAAGGAAGAAAUAAUGUCUGUAUUUAGGAGUGCUUGCACUGGGUGUGUGAAAAAGUCCUAAGUAUCAGAAUAGAAGGGCUCCUGAGGUUUGUACUGAGCUACAGUCUCUCUCCCUCCUUUGCUGUUGCUGUUUAUUAAUGCAGAAUGGAACGAUCACAUAUAUAGAUUCCUUCCAGUAUUGCAGUACAGAUGUGCUUACAGAACAGUUUGUUGGUACACUCUGACUCGUUGGAUUGUUUGCAUGGUUCCAUUAAACAGAAAUGAACAUGGUUACGUACCACGUGGAACAGGAAACAUUUCCUUUUAUUAAAAUAAAUCAUGUCUUGAUGCUGUGUGACGUGGAGAUGAAAUGAGUCAUUGCAAUGAUGGGAAAGGAAGCUUUGUUUACAGUAUGCCUGACUCGGGGUGCAUGUGCCUGUCAGUUAGUGUAGCACUAUUAAUGCAGAGGAUCUCCCACUGCAAACCCAGAAUUGUUGGUUAAACUGACAAAACCGUAAGAUGUUUGUGCUCCUUGCUUUUCUGUGCUUUAAUGCAGAUCUAGAUUUUAAUAUCUAAACACUAUUUUAACGAGAAACACUAUUGUAUUAGUAACCCAUGUAAGCCCAGAGCCAGUUUUGUGCAUUCAUUUCACUAAACAACAAAUCACAAAGGACUUACAUUGUUUUUCUUCUAGUUGAUUUGUUUUUUGGCUACCUAUGUAGCUAUAUAACUUGCUUGAAAUUAAACUGCAGAUGUGUUUCUUCUGGCUGAAGACAGGACUUAAUUCUGUUUCCUUGCAUAGGACGGGAACUGCCAAAUCAAGAAGUCCUUUGCCUUCUGUGGCCUUUAAAGGGGCAACUGGAGAGCAUUCUGCAUACAUAGUGUUGUUUCCUUUCACCUUCCUACAGUCAGCCAGUAUUUAGUGCUUGCUUUGAAGCAGGAUGGCUCAGUAAUAAUGAGCUGUAUAAAUUUCAUUGGCUAAUUACAUACCUGUUUGCCUUCUCCCAUUGUAUCAGGAUUAAAUGAUUUUCUGCUUCAAAAUUCCUGGUUAUUACUUCCAUACUACGUAGUUUGUGGAAUAGCAAUACUGGCCUCACCUAUUCUAUUCUACUUCAUCCAUACUGUAGUCUUAUUUAUAAAUCACACUUCUGAUUUUUUUACUGUGGGCACAGAUCUUUUUCCUGUCUCAUCUCACACCAUAUAUUCAUAAUGCCUGUCCAUGCUACAAGAAAAAUAGAUAAAAAAGAGGAGAUUCAUGUGCAUGCACUGUGGCUUUGAGCUGUUACUUAGAACUCAUAAAUUCCAGUCCAUUAAAAAGCUAAGAAAAUAUUAGGCAUUAGAUCUUUUGUUACCAUUGCACAGACUACAAAAAGGCUAAUAGUUGUCUGAAUAAAACCAAAAUGGUUUGUUGAAGUGGAGUCUGUUUACUAUGUGGUGAUGUUUUUGUACAGUUCUACAAGUCUAUAAUGAACUGUAUAAAAUGUUGACAAAGAGUAAUACUGCCACAUCAAAAAAAUAAAGGAAUUUGUUCUUA